CCAUUUUCUUCUCUCUCUUCUUGAAUACUUCACUCUGCUCCAUUUUUGUACUCUCCCGAGAAAAGAACAAAACCUCAGACGAACAACGAUGGCGGGCGCGAAGCAAGAAACGGCGCUGUUUGGGAGCCCUCAACGCUCCGUGAAGAAAGCUUCGCUUUACGUCGGCGAUCUUUGUGCCGACGUGACGGAAGAAGAUCUCAUCGCCAAAUUCUCCUCGACGGUUCCCGUCGUCUCCGCCCAUCUCUGCCGCUGCUCCGCCACCGGAAAAUCCCUUCGCUACGGCUACGUCAACUUCGAUUCCCGCUUCAAUGCAUCAAAUGCUAUGGCUUGCUUGAACCACACUGACUUGAAGGGAAAACCGAUGAGGAUAAUGUGGUUCCAGAAGGAUCAGUCACAGCGUCGGAGUGGAAUCGGCAACCUUUUCGUUAAAAACCUCGGCAGUUCAAUCACCGGUGGUUGCUUAGAGCGUAUCUUCAGCCCCUUCGGGACCAUACUUUCCUGCAAAGUGGCCGAGGAAAACGGGCAGAGUAAAGGUUUCGGCUUCGUCCAGCUCGAUUCAGAACAAUCCGCUGCAUCCGCUCGGUCUGCUCUCCAUGGCUCUCUCAUCGACGGGAAGAAACUAUUUGUAGCGAAAUUCAUCAAGAAGACUGAAAGGGCAGCAAAGUCGGGGAAAAAUGAUUUCACAAACCUUUAUGUGAAGAAUCUGGAUGAAGAUGUGACGGAGGAUUUUCUGCUCGAAACGUUUGCCAAAUACGGGGGAGUUUCUAGCGUUUCGGUCACGAGGGAUGGAGCCGGGAAAUCGAGAGGUUUCGGGUAUGUGAGUUUCUUCGAGCCAGAAAGUGCGAGGAAUGCGACAGAGGCCCUGAAUGGAGCAUUUCUUGGAUCCAAGAAUUUGUUUGUCGGAAGGGCUCAGACCAAAGCUGAAAGGACAGAGAUGCUGAAAUAUGAACUCAAGGAGAAGUUUAUUUCCGGGUUUAAGACGUUGAAGCGGUUCAAUCUGUACGUGAAGGACCUGAGUGAAUCGGUAGAUGAGACGAGGCUGCGAGAAAUUUUCGGACGCUACGGGAACGUUGUCUCUGCAAAAGUGAUGCGUCACGAGAAUGGUCUAAGUAAGGGAUUCGGGUUUGUGUGCUUCUCUAACCGCGAAGAAUCGAAACAGGCGAAGAGAGAUCUCGACGGAUAUCUUGUCGACGGAAAGUCGUUGGUUGUCCGAGUGGCAGAGCGGAAAGAGGAUCGGGUCAAGAGGUUGCAGAAGUUCUUCACUGAACCGUCAGGCCAAGUUCCAUACGGUUCCGUUCCGAACCUUCCUGUAGGUUUUCCCGUCCAGUCUCACAAUCAACCGAUGCCUGUUUCGUACGCAUAUCUUCAGCCGUUCCAUGUCGGGCGAUCCUCUUUCUACAUGGGUUCUCAGGCAUUCCUCCCGAACUACGUCACCUCAUAUAUUCCUGCGGGAGAAUCACAGUCCAAGAAAAACCAGCCACAGGAUGAGGUGAACAGAAGAACGGUGUUCAGCAAAAGCAAGGGCAAAACCCGAAAUGUUGGAAGUCGGAAACAUAGGUUCGGUGGCAAAGGAAACGGAGUUGGAGACGCGGAAAUGCCCUCCCGAGCUUCGAAAUCUACUGUGAGCCUAGACGAAGCAACAUCGGUUCUGAAAGCUGUACUGCUGAAAUCCUCUCAUGCUUGUGGCAGUGAAAGCAGAAAAUUCCAAACCAAUUAGCCGACGCUACGGAUAUUGAUCUGAUCAUCGGGUUUCAGAAGA